AUGAUAACAAUUUCAGUUAUUGGUGUAUAUAUAUUUAUAUUAUUUGUUAUAUGUAGUCAAUGGAUUUUAGUUUAUGAACCAUUAAAUUUUUUUAAUAAUAUAUGGGGACAAACAUAUAUAAUAGUAUAUCAUUUAUUAGCAUUAUUAUUAUUAAGAUGUUAUAGUAUGUCAGUAUUAACAGAUCCAGGUAGUCCACCAUCAACAUGGUUACCAGAAGGUAAAACAAAACAAGAUUUAACAAUAUUAAUUGACCAAUUCAAACAUUUAAAUCAAAGUAAUAAUAAAUCUAAAUCAACUACAGUAUUGGUUGAUGAUGAUUUAAGUACAAUAACAAUUGUAAAUAGUAAAAACAGUAAAAACAACAACAACAACAACAACAAAGCUAGAUUCUGUUCACAAUGUUGUGCUUUUAAACCACCAAGAACUCAUCAUUGUAAACAAUGUAAAAGAUGUAUUCUAAAACAUGAUCAUCAUUGUCCUUGGAUUGGUAAUUGUACUGGUUUUAGAAAUCAAAAGUUUUUCAUUCAAUUUUUAUUUUAUGUUGUAAUAUUAACUUCAAUUACAAUCACAACUUUAACUAUAUCAGGUUUUUAUAUUUUAAAUUUAAAUGAUUCAAAUAGUGCUAAAAUUAAUAAUAAUAAUAAUAACAAUUCAAAUGAAGUUGAUUUUUUAGUAUCAAGUAUAAUAGUAACAAUAAUGUAUAUUUUUAAUUUCUCUGGUGUAUUACCAGUAUUGUUAGGUGUUAGUGGUUUAUUCUUCUUUCAAAUGGAAUUUUUGUUAGGAAAUUAUACACCCGUUGAAAGAUAUGAAAGAAAGAAAGAAGGAAAAUAUGCAAGAAGGAAUGGAUUAAAAUAUAAAUGGAAAUUCGAUAAAGGUUGGAAAUUUAAUUUUAGAGAAGUUAUGGGUGAUACUUUAAUUCAAUGGUUUUUCCCAAUAGGUUUUCCAAAAACUGAUGGUACUUAUUGGAGAGAGAAUGAACUUUAUUUACAACAACAAAGAUUAUUAAAUAAUUCUUCUUCUCCUUCCUCCUCUUCCUCUUCAAUAAUAGCAACUACAAAUAAUCAACCAAUCAAUAUUAAUAAUAAUAAUGAUGAUAAUAAUAAUAAUAAUAUUAUUAAUAAGAAUGAUAAUGGCAAUAUAAAAUUAGAAACUAUACAACAACAGCCAAUUAAUGGCGCGAAUAUAGGUUAUGAUGAUGAUGACGACGAUGAUGAUGAUAGUGAAUCAAUUGAAAUUAAUGAUUUUAUAAGAAGUGACAGUAAUCAACCUUUAAUACCCUCAAAUCAACAAUCACAAAAACCAUCAUUUGGUUUUGUUGAAAAUGUUUAA